AUGUCAUCCAAACUCAUCGUGGUCAUCGGCGCCACAGGAACCCAAGGCGGAUCGGUCGUCGAGACAUUCCUCCGUCAACCGGGCUGGCGCGUCCGCGGACUCACGCGCAACACUGGCAGUCCAGCGUCCCAGAUCCUGGCGUCCAAGGGCGUCGAGGUGGUGGCCGUGAACCUCGACGACGUCUCGUCGCUCGUCUCGGCCUUCAAGGGCGCCGACGCCAUCUUCAGCGUCACCGACUUCUGGACCGGGUUCCGCAACCCUCCUCAGAGCCGGAGCCGGAGCCGGAGCCAGACGCUCAUGGACUGGGCGCACGACUACGAGUUGCAGCAGGGCAAGAACGUGUUCGCCGCCGCAGACCAGACCGAGGGGCUGGAGAGGCUGGUCUUCUCGGCGCUGUCGUACGCCACGAAGUGGUCAAAGGGGAAAUACACGCACGUGUACCACUACGACAGCGAGGCGAGGGCGGUCGAGUACGCACGAACAACGUAUCCGGACCUCAUGAACAAGAAGACGAGUAUUAUUCAGAUUGGCAUGUAUUUGAGUAAUAUGACUUGGAUGCCGCAUUAUCAACCACGCAAGAACGCAGAAGGCGUGUACGUCCUGAAGACGAGAAUCCCUCCCACGGCUAAGAUCCCCUUGAUCGCUACCGACGAGGAUACCGGUCCCUUGACACUGGCUUUGCUCAGCGUCGACGCCGGAAAGCACCUCCUGGCCUUCCGCGAAUUGACCACCCUGGCCGAGUUCGUGGCGAUUUGGGGCCGGGUCAACUGCGUCGAGACCAGGUACGAAACCACCGCACCCGACGAGGUCUGGAUCGACAUUCCAGAGUUGCGAGAGGACAUCGAGGACGCCGCGGACUACAUUGCCGAAUUUGGAUUCGACGGAGGCGAUCCCAGCGUGGUUCAUCCCAAAGAUCUCGGCGUCCCGAUCAAUCUGCCCAGUGUGGCUGACUGGGUCAAGAAACAGGAUUGGAGUGGCAUUUUGUAG